AGCUGUCGGUGUUGCUGCUGUUGGUGCUGCCAGCUCUGACUGCAGGAGGUUUCUUCAGCUGUGAGAAGGACGACAAACCAGUCAUGUUGUUGGACCCAAGUCUGAUGGACAGGAUUCCUAAUAUCACUGAGGAUGCAUCGACAGAUCAAGCUCUUCCCACUACUUUAAAUAUUGAAAUCAAGUCCCGCCGGGAUUCAUCAGCCAACUUUGAUCAAACCGCCUUAAAAUGGCAGCCCUUCGAAGGCUAUGUCCCCGAUGGAGCAGUGUCAAUCUACAACGGCUAUGUUGGACGCACCGACUAUGUUUGUCAGUAUGGUUGUAUCCCUGGCUUCUACAGCCCAGGCAUGGAUUCAACUCCUUCCUGCCACUACUCCUAUAACGCAAAAGAGUAUCUUGGCUACUCGUUUUUCAUCCUGGUGAAUGAAAACAACUUUGAGAUUUUGGAAUGGGAGGAAGGCUCCUAUGGCUCAGUUCCUCAGAACUCAGUCAGCCCCUGCAACUCUGACGUAUAUGUUGGAAAGAACAAGUAUGGUCUUGGAAAGCUAGAUGUUAAAAAUAAGGCUUUCUUCCUUCCCUGGAAAGGUUCUGAGUAUUGGUACAAGGACUAUCAGGUUCUGACCUUUAGCAGAAAAAUAAACAGCGAGCACAUCUCAGAUGUCCAGUAUGAGACUGAUGGGAUCAAACCCAUUGAGUAUCCUCCACAGGCCUUGGAGAAGUCUGAAUUAACCAACAAGGCCUGCCAGACAGUGAUACUGACCGCUACCCUCUCAAAGAUGAUCCAAGUGGAGGAAAGGUGGGACACCAGCUUUUCUGUUACAUCAAGCGCCAAGGUUACCAUUACAGCUGGAAUUCCCGUAUUUGGAUCAGGAAAUAUCGAGGUUGGCGUAGAGACAACCUUUCAACUUGCACAUGGGACAACUUAUACCGAGUCAACCACCCACAGUGUUACGGUUCAGCACAAUGUCCCACCAAACCACUCCUGUAGUAUCAGUUUGGUGGGGAAUAAGUUUAAGGCAGACAUCCCUUUCACUGCACGCCUCAGCCGCACCUACAACAAUGGGGAGACCAAAUGGAUGUCCAUUUCUGGGAUCUACAAAGGUGUCCAAAUGGCAGAAGUUCGGGCUACGGUGGAUUCCUGUGUGCCGGUACCUCAUCCCACGCUCUGUCCCUGAAAGAGGAUUGUUGAGAGCAUAGCAUGAUAUGCUAAAUGUAUAAUGUUGCUAUAUGACUUAAGGACGAACAAAUAAGGGUUUAAGAUAGAAAGAGGGGACACAUUGAUUCGAAGUACCUAUGUAUUGAUCUUAUAAGUAGGACUAAAUACUUAAUAAUAUAAUCAGCCAUAUUUUGGAGUACAUAUAAAAGAGAUGCUCUGUAGAUUUACCUAGGCUUAACCUAGGUAUUAUAAGAGGUAUAAAGUCAUCCUUAUUGACAUAUGUGCAUAUGUGUUUUGAGAUAUGAAGGUUGUUUUCCUUCUCGGUGCUUUCUGGUAUUAUGAAAGGGACAGUUCGACCAGGGAACCAGGGGGUUUGUGGGUUCUUGUUCUUGCUUUUUGCUAGACGGUGAGAGAAGCUGUAGAUUAAGAUCUCCAGACUUUUUUUAUGGAUUCUAAGACAUUUUAUUAUAAUUUUUCUCUGUAACUUGAGUUUUUGUUCUAAAGUGAUUAAAACAGAGUUUGCUCUGAGCCUUUGAAGAUUUUUUGAAACGUUUUUUCAUUGAGACCCACCGACCUCCGGCGAGGGGUCCGAGCAGCGGACUCCGGUGACCCCUGGGCCACGUGAGGUGACUCCACUACGGACACGCUGAGUCUCAUACACUUCUCAGGCUUCCCACUUGGAAAUCUCGCUAGAAGUCUUUCUCUGCCUUACGGGAAGUUAAAGGGGAAACGCCGCACGUCAGAGGAAAAAAUUAAGGGGAUUUAACUAAGAAUAGUGUGAGAUUGGUAACUCGUGUUACAGGAUCAAUGAGUUUCAAUGGAUGAUCAAUUGUAUGUUGAUCAGACGUAACAUUGUAACAAAGCUACAGAAUGUACCUGCUUCAUGUAUUAUUUGUCUUAAUAAGGCUUAAAAGAAAACACAUGUAUAACAA